UAAAUAAUAUAACAAUUAUUAUAUCAAGUAUAUCGACAACCAGGUUUACAGAGUUGAAGGGAAAACAAAAAUCAAACUCUACCUUCAAAACUAGGAGAAAAAACUAAAAAUGGAUGCAAUUGACUCAGUUUUUGAUCCGCUAAGAGAGUUCGCUAAGGACAGUGUUCGUCUUGUCAAGAGAUGCCACAAGCCCGAUCGUAAAGAAUUUACGAAAGUAGCGGUCCGUACAGCUAUCGGAUUCGUGGUUAUGGGAUUCGUAGGAUUUUUCGUCAAGCUCAUCUUUAUCCCUAUUAACAACAUUAUUGUUGGAUCCAGUUAGAUUUUGAGGAUCAUGCUUAGGCCAUCUUAUGCUCAAAUUGCAGCCUUGCUUCAUGUUACAGACUCACAGGAAGGACAGGAGCCGGUAGAAAUUUUCAACACUGAGAUAAAAGAAAGAACUGUAUGUUUUUAGAUUGAGAGCUAUAUCAUGUGAGUUUUUGAACUAGUUUUAAUUUAAGCCUUGGGUUGUCUUAUAUUCGGUUUUGUUGUAAUAGAAUCUUGUUGAAGCAAGUGAGUUUUGGUCUAAAUGAAUUUUAUGUUCAGGCUAACAGUGUACUUGAUGAUAUAAUCCAAUGAAAUAUCCGUAAAACUCAA